CGCCCGUCUCUCCCCUCCCCCUCCCCUACGCCCGCGGCGGCGGCGGCGGCGGCUGGAGCCCGGAUGCGGCGCCGUGAGACAGGCCCGGGAGAGCGGCGCGGAUGGAUCCAACAUGGCUGCGCCGAGCCUGAGCCGAGAUACAGUGGAGAUUGCAGCUGCUGAGCAGGAAUUCUGGAAAGCACUGCACACCUGAGCCCCCCAGCAUGGCGGGCCUAAAGCGGCGGGCAAGCCAGGUGUGGCCAGAAGAGCAUGGUGAGCAGGAGCAUGGACUGUACAGCCUGCACCGCAUGUUUGACAUCGUGGGCACCCACCUGACACACAGAGAUGUGCGAGUUCUUUCCUUCCUCUUUGUUGAUGUCAUUGAUGACCACGAACGUGGCCUCAUCCGAAAUGGACGUGACUUCUUAUUGGCGCUGGAGCGCCAGGGUCGCUGUGAUGAGAGUAACUUUCGCCAGGUGCUGCAGCUGCUGCGCAUCAUCACUCGUCAUGACCUGCUGCCCUACGUCACCCUCAAGAGGAGGCGGGCUGUGUGCCCUGAUCUUGUAGACAAGUAUCUGGAGGAGACGUCAAUUCGCUAUAUGACCCCCAGAGCCCUCAGUGAUCCAGAACCGAGGCCUCCCCAGCCCCCCAAAACAGUGCCUCCCCACUAUCCUGUGGUGUGCUGCCCCACUUCGGGCCCCCAGAUGUGUAGCAAGCGGCCAGCCCGAGGGAGAGCCACACUUGGGAGCCAGCGGAAACGCCGGAAGUCAGUGACACCAGAUCCCAAGGAAAAGCAGACAUGUGACAUCAGACUGCGGGUUCGGGCUGAAUACUGCCAGCACGAGACUGCUCUUCAGGGCAAUGUCUUCUCUAACAAGCAGGACCCACUUGAGCGUCAGUUUGAGCGCUUUAACCAGGCCAAUACCAUCCUCAAAUCCCGGGACCUGGGCUCCAUCAUCUGUGACAUCAAGUUCUCUGAGCUCACCUACCUCGAUGCAUUCUGGCGUGACUACAUCAAUGGUUCAUUACUAGAGGCACUUAAAGGUGUCUUCAUCACAGACUCUCUCAAGCAGGCUGUGGGCCAUGAAGCCAUCAAGCUGCUGGUGAAUGUGGAUGAGGAGGACUAUGAGCUGGGCCGACAGAAACUCCUGAGGAACUUGAUGCUGCAAGCAUUGCCCUGACCUUUCCCCCUUCUCAGCUCUCUGGGGACUGUUCCCACCAUCCACCUCUGGAGCUUACAUACCAUCCUGGGGUUUGUUCUCUACCCUUCCAAUCACAUCCCCUGGCUUUUUUUUUUUUUUUUUUUAAAGGAAAAGACAAAGGAAAGUGGAAGUGGUAUCCCCACCCCUCCCUGCACCCAUGUGCCUGGGCUUCCCCUUUGUUUCCCUUUUCCACUUAUCCCCAAUGUGUGUCUCUACAGCCACCUUACCACUGAGCCGUAAGACAAAUGCAUAGGGAGAAGCAAAGUCUAUAGAACAUAGUCUUUGUAAGGGAUUGCAGUGAACACUGCUUUUGGGUGCAUUGAGGGGUUAUCAAUAAUACUUCACGCUUUAUGAGGGCUCUUAAAUUUUGUCUGAAAAACCAAAGGGCUGUGAGUAAGGGAGCUACGUGGAAGAUGGGACUCUGAAGUGUAUUUUGGAAAUCAAUCACCACCCCCUCCCAAAUUACAUAAUUUUUUAAAAAAAAAACAAGCUGUGGCCCUUUCCACUCUCCUGGCCUCUGGUGCUGCUCCUCUCUGCCUCCUUUCCUCUAUUCCAUGGCUUGAAACCUCUGCCUUGUGUGGCUCCUUCCUUUUUCUCUCGUCAGACCCUCUUCAGGGGAGUAACAGGUGAGAGGACUGGGUCAGUUUAGUCACUCCUCCCAACUGUGAUGUGUGUGUGUGUACACACAUCACACAGGGUGGACAGAGAAGAGGUUGCUGAUUAAAAUACACUCCCCCUGAAAAGGGGAAGGGGGAGUGUGGCAUUUUCCUUCCAUGUUCAAGUGAAAAUAAAUAAUGUACCCUGCAGCCCUUUUCCCCUUUGCUUUCUUUGGACUUGGGCAAAGGGCAUCAUAGGUGGAAGUGAAAUAAUUCAUUAUCAACUCCUUUUUUCCUUUUCCUUCCCCAUUCUCCAUUCCCUCUCCCAAGCUUGGGAGAAUGGGGCUGGGACAUGCACUGAGUGUUGCACUUUUAUUUAGGUAGGGAGGCAUGUUGAAUAAGCCAGGAAGCCUACAACUACAGCCCAGUUCAGCUGGUACAAUACACCACCCCUUCCAACUCCCAAAGGAGAUGUCCAAACAGACUUUAUAAUGAUUACAUUUUUUUUUUUCUUCAAUGCCAGUGAUUCUCAGCCCUCAGCAUAACUUCAGUUUUCAUGAAAUAAACAAUGACUA